GUGGGUGUCUGUGCACGGAGGUCCGGGCCGGUCCGGGCCCAUGGCGGGCUCGGGCAGCGGGCGGAGUCUGCUGCAGUUUAUGCGGCUGCUGGGACAGCUCAAGAGGGUACCUCGGACCGGCUGGGUGUACAGGAACGUCAAGAAGCCGGAGAGCGUAUCCGAUCACAUGUACAGGAUGUCAAUCAUGGCCCUGGUCACUGAGGAUAAAAACCUCAACAAGGACAGGUGUGUCCGCUUAGCCCUGGUGCACGACAUGGCAGAAUGCAUCGUAGGGGACAUCGCCCCCGCCGACAAUGUCCCCAAGGAGGAGAAACACCGGCGAGAGGAGGAAGCCAUGAAGCAGCUGACCCGGUUGCUGUCAGAAGAUGUCAGAAAGGAAAUCUUUGACCUUUGGGAAGAGUACGAGAACCAGGCGAGUGCCGAAGCCAAGUUUGUGAAGGAGCUGGACCAGUGUGAGAUGAUCCUUCAGGCGUUUGAAUAUGAGGAGCUGGAGAACAGACCCGGGAGGCUUCAGGACUUCUAUGACUCCACAGCAGGGAAAUUCAGCCACCCCGAAAUCAUCCGGCUCGUGUGUGAGCUCAUGACAGAACGGAACAGUAGAAUAGCGGCAGAGAUCGCAGGCGAACCGCCGCCUUCUUGAAUCACCAGGCGCUUCCCACCCUUGCCGAAUAAACAUUUUAUUUUCUGUCUUG